GAGACCAACGGCGAUACACUGAAGAUGGCUAUGGUAAGAAAGCCAAAAACAAGGAAACAUAACAGACGUCGCAGACAAAAUGCAUCGAAGAAAACUGACCAGGACCAGACAGGGUUAAAUGGCAAACAAAAGAAGAGCAAAAAGAAGAAAAUUAACAAGAUAGAAACAAUUAACGAUGCUGAACUGGCCUACAGGUUAACUGCCCUCCGAGGUGCCAGUAACCAAAAAGGUAUAUACAAAAUAACUGACCCUAAGAAGGUAGAGAUGAAUAAAAUGACUGCGAACAAGGCCAAGGUGAAAAGCCUCACCAAUGGUAAAAACAAAAGACACAAGAGUGUUGGUGUGUGAGUUAAAUAUUUAUUUAAUGAAGAAGGAAAUAUUUUUGUUUAGUGAAUUAUGAUUAGGAGUUUUAUUUAUAA